AUGGCCCCAGAAAGGACACUUACAGAGACGUCCCCGCUGCUGGGCCCGCAAGCUAACGGUAAUGCUGUCCGUCCCUCAAACGGCGCCAUUUCUGGCCUGCGCGACCCCGACACAGUAGGGCAGAAUGGUGGUUCACAGGAAGCGUCGGGCAAAGACGUGACAGAAUCAAGCCCACGACUGAGCUAUAUAUUUCCUGCGAUUUCAAUUGGCGUCUUCCUAUCUGCAGCCGACCAGACUAUUAUCAUGGCCAGUUAUGGGCAGAUUGGUAGCGAUCUUCAUGCACUCAAUCUCACAAGUUGGAUUGCCACUUCAUACUUUCUAACCUUAACGUCGUUCCAGCCGCUCUAUGGAAAACUGAGUGAUAUCUUUGGUCGCAAGGCAUGUCUGUUGUGGGCGUAUGCUAUCUUUGGCACUGGCUGCUUGUUUUGUGGUCUAGCGCAGAAUAUCCAUCAAUUGAUUGCUGCUCGUGUUUUCCAGGGUAUUGGGGGAGGCGGUAUGACCACCGUUGUCAGCAUUCUACUAAGUGAUAUUGUUCCGCUGCGAGAUCGAGGUGUCUGGCAAGGUAUAAUCAAUAUUAUAUAUGCUACUGGAUCGGGAGUUGGAGCACCCUUAGGUGGUAUAUUGGCAGACUACAUUGGCUGGCGUUGGGCUUUCAUUGCUCAAGCUCCCAUGUGUGUUCUUGCUUUCACAGCGGUUUCUAUCAUACUGAAAUUGCCACCGCAGGAAAAUAGUCACUGGAAGGACAAGCUCCGUCGUAUUGAUUUUCCAGGAGCGAUUAUUCUCGUUGGGGCGGUCCUUGGCUUUCUUCUAGGUCUUGACCGCGGUAGCAAUGUGUCCUGGACCAUACCGAUAACCAUUAUCUCGCUGAGUGUAUCGGCUAUCUUAUUCGUGCUCUUCGUUGUGGUUGAGGUCUUCUACGCAGCGGAACCAUUUGCCCCCGGUCAUAUUAUCUUCGACCGAACAUUCUUUUCUAGUUAUGGCUGUAACUUUUUCAGCUUCGGGGGCUGGCUGGCAGCCCUGUUCUACAUUCCACUCUAUUUCCAAGCCGUAGACGGUGUGUCUGCUACUGUCGCUGGGCUGCGUCUUCUACCCAGUAUUCUUGCCGGCGUUACUGGGUCGCUUUUUGCCGGAUUCGUCAUGAAAUGGACCGGGAAAUUUUAUUGGCUGACGGUAGCGGCAUAUUCAUUACUCACACUAGGAGUCACAGUGAUCUUCCUUUUCUCUGGAGGUGCCACGGAAAGUCUUGUACCGAUGAUCAUGGGAAUGGUACUUUCGGGUUUUGGAAAUGGAAUCGGUGUCACAUCGACGUUGAUCUGCCUCAUCUCAAAUUCGACGCCCGAAGACCAGGCAGUAGUGACGGCGUGCUCUUACCUCUUCCGAUCCCUAGGCUCAGUGAUCGGCCUAUCUUUAUCUUCAACAGUGGUCCAGCAGAUUCUUCGGGGCCGGCUGAGGUCUGCAUUGCGUGACAGUAAGGAUAUUGACCGCAUCGUUGAUGGCGUGCGCCAGAGUCUCGACUUUAUUAAGACCCUUGAUCCGAGUGUUGCGAAAGCGGUUCGGGGCUGUUAUGGAUGGGCUAUGAAUAAAGGCUUUGCAUUCAUGAUUGCUGUGCGGCCGGCCUUGUCACGGUAUCGUCCUAUUGUCUACCUACUCACUGGUGUCGCAGCAGCCUACGCUCUUGUCUACAUCAACAAUCUUAUCAUCUCUUCCUCAUCCCAACCAUCUCUACGUCGCCGAAGAACUAUACGCCGCCCGCGAGGCCUAAGGAGACGAUCGGAGGUUGUGCCCGUCGAAACUCCUUCUUCUCGAGCCAUCGCACACCUUGAGCAAUUAGAGCGCCAGAAUGGAGUAUAUGGUACAUUUCGCAUAGAAACAGAAGAUGGCCGACGUGUGGAAAGUGGGCUGCUCCCGUCGUUGCUCGCAACCCGGGAUCAGCUCAUGGAGGAAGUCGGCGUUCCCCAGGCUCAUGCGGAGCGGAUGCGCGAGAUGAUGGAAGACACGUUUCUGGAAUCAUUUCUCGCUCUGGACUUCCCGCCAGCGCAUACUGUGGAAGAGGGCAGCCCGGAAAGGAACUACUUGACGGAGCAGCUUCAGCGGCGUGGGAUAUCGCGUGCGGGGAUUGAGAGGGCCUUGGCUCGGUUCAAUGAAGACAGCAACUACGGAGAAGAAUUGCGUCGCCGUCGACAGAACGGGGAGAGGGUUACCUUGUCUACUUCUACCUUCCCCGAUGAAUCUACGCCCGCGCAAAAUAUGGAUGGUGGGGAGACAGUCGUGGAUGAUCAGAGCGUCUUUUCCUGGCGCGAAGGGCACAACGACGCCUCUCCAUCGAGGGAAGGUCAGAACUUGCUCAACCUACUUUAUCAUAUCGCCGAGGACCAAGCACGGAGAGAUGGUUAUAUCCACAGAGGAGUAACGUGUAACAGUUGUGGCGCUAUGCCGAUCCAAGGCAUUCGGUACCGAUGCGCAAACUGCAUCGAUUACGAUCUCUGUGAGACGUGUGAGGCAAUGCAGGUUCACAUCAAGACCCAUUUGUUUUACAAAGUACGGAUCCCGGCUCCUUUCCUGGGGAAUCCCCGACAGUCCCAGCCUGUUUGGUAUCCUGGAAAGCCUGCCAUGCUUCCCCGCAGUCUACAUCGAUCCCUGGCCAAACGUCUGAUGAAGGAUACCAACUUCGAGAACACGGAGCUGGACGCUCUUUGGGAUCAAUUUCGUUGCCUGGCAAACCACGAAUGGGCAGACGACCCCAACAAGCUCUAUAUGGCGAUUGACCGCAAGACAUUCGAUCGAUGCUUUGUGCCCAACACAUCUGUCCGUCCACCCCCUCCAAGCCUUAUCUACGAUCGAAUGUUUGCUUUCUAUGAUACGAAUGGUGAUGGCUUAAUUGGCUUUGAAGAAUUCUUGAAAGGCCUUGCAAGCCUUAAUAAUAAGAGCAACGAUGAGAGGUUGCGCCGUGUCUUCCGUGGUUAUGAUAUUGAUGGCGACGGUUACGUGGAUCGGAAGGACUUCUUACGGGUGUUCCGGGCAUAUUACGCUCUCAGCAGAGAAUUAACACGAGACAUGGUGGCAGGCAUGGAAGACGACUUCUUAGAGGGCGGUGCACGAGAUGUUGUUCUGGGGAGCCAGCCAAUCAGUUCUGCAUUUCCCGGCACCAUACCUGCAGGAGAGGUGUCUAGGACCGGAGAAGGCAAGCGCGUCAACCAUGAAGGAGAUAUGGAAAUCGUGGACAACGAAGGUAUCUUGCGCCCUGACGGGACCGACUCUGGUGACCGGCAUGCCGUCGUCGGUGAUGCUGCUAGACGGGUGGAUGCCGCUCGUAGAUAUGGGAUUGAUGAGCGGUGGCGGCGAAGGGCAUUCUACACCGACGAGGAAGAUGGCGCCGCUGCGCCUGAAGGCUACGAGACCGAUUCAGACGCGGAUGAUGUAUCGGUUGAUGAUGGCCUCCAUAGCCAACAUUCUGAACUUGAGUCACAUCCGCCAUCUCCUCGUUCCCGUUCUUCAUCUAAGGUGCGGUUCCAGGACGACGUCACUGAUGACUAUGAUGUGAGGUCAAAUCCAUCGACAUCCUCACGCAGUAUACUUGUUGGUGAGCGGUGGGGAGGCUUCGAAAUCCCUGAAGUAGAAAGGGACGUUGGGAAGGAAAUUCUAUAUCAAGUCACGCAACAAGGAUUCAACGAACUGCUUGAUCUAUUGUUCAAACCCAAGGAAGACCUGCUCAUGGAAGUUUAUCGGACGCGCACUGAGCGCAAGAUCUGGGCCCGAGAGAUUGAGCUGGUAGAGCAAAUAGAUGCCGGAAAGCAUUUCGCCCGACUGAAUGGGCGGAGCGAGGACGACGAGGCCAAAGAGGAACCGGAGCCUUCCUUGCAUAAUCCCUUUGGCGACAGGUCCCUCGAAGAACUGCUUGAACGGGCGGGAUAUACUAUCGGAAGCCCGCCUUUAGAGCCCACCCGAGACGGACCCAUUCUUGCUCCUCCGUCGCCUACAUUGCGGCUCCCGGACGACGAUGUACGACCGACUCACCUCGCUGAUCCUGAAGAGGACUUAACCGAGCCUGCCUUGGCUGAGACCCAGCAGGAAGAGCCGGAUUGUGCGCCAGAUGCCCCAUCACCAGAAUCCCCAAUAUCAGAACGGAGUCGGUCACCAUCUAUUGAAUCCGAUUUUGACCCUACACUGCCACAUCACCGCCCAGAUGAAGAUACCCAGGAGCUACCCGGUACCUCGGAGUCACACUUUAACGCUUACAACGCUUCCCCGACACACUCUACCUUCCCGCAAACCCUUCCUGCCGAACUUCGCCUCCAACCUAACGGUACAACCUCAUUCCCAGCACCACCGUCAAUCGCCGCCUCCUCCCCCGAAGCAGAAGCAACGGCUCCCAAACUCUCCCCCUCACCAAUCCAACCUCUACCCCCUGCUUCCACUUCCACUCUCCCACCUCGAGAUGGCCCCACCAUGCCCCCAUCUCCACUGAUUCUUUCACGCUGGGCCUACCUCAAUCGUAUCGAACGUGAAGCAAAAGAACGAGGAGGCACAGGCGCCAAGCUUAAUUUCGAGGAAUUCUCGCAUCGUAUGGCAGCAGAUCGUGGGCGGAGAUUAGCAUUCGUAGCUAGCUGGAUCGAGAUGGCUAGCUUCUAG